AUGUUUUCAAAAAGAAAUUUGAAAAAUCCGAAGCAAAAACAACAACAGCUGCAACAGCAUCAUCACAAUCACGACAAUCAUCAACUGCAGCAACAACAACAAGACAAACAACAAGAGCUCCAACAACAACAGCAAGAAAGGCAACAACGACAAGAGUACCAACAACAAAAUCAUCAUCAUUAUCAUCAACAACUUCAACAAACUGAACAGCAGCAACAACAAUCAUCAGAAACGAGAAAAGAGGAAAUUAAUAUUAAUUCAAGACAAAUCAGUGAAAGUCUGAUAGUUCGUGCAACUACACCUAUAAGUCGACGAUUACGAUGCACUGUUACUCGACCUUUCCUAUCAGCUGAACCACGACCAUAUCAUUCGAAAGGUCAUCACAGAUGUUACUCUGAUGAUACUUUUUAUCUCUCUACACCGAAAAAUUUCACUGAAAAUGGCCCAAUAACAAUGGAUACUUCAAUCGAUCGAACAAUAACUACUGAUCGUUUGAAUAAUAUUGACAAAAAUUCAUCAUCAAUAUUUGCGAAAUCUCAGCAAAAAGUUAAGAAAUGCGGUGUUUCCAACAAACAAACACAUUUAUUGCCACCAUUAAUUAUAAAUGAUAAAGGUAUGCUUUGA